AAUUAGACUAUUUAUAAGAACACCCUAGUUCAGAGAGAGAGAGAGAGAGAGAGAGAGAAGGGUGGGAUGCGUGUGUGUUGUGUGUCUGGUUUUGGUAUUUGACUAAACUUGGCUUCCUUCAGAAGAACAAGAAAGAACAGAGACAACAAUGGCACCCACUACCAUUCUCCUUCUCUGCUUCACCAUUCUCAGAACCCACAAUUCCAUUUGAUCAUUCAAUCCCCACAUAGCAAAACCCAAGACCCAGAAACCAAAAUUAACCGAAAUGGCAAAGACUGGCGUGUUUGAUUCUGAUCCGGCUAUGGUGGCCAAAGCCACAGAAUUGAAGAAGGAGCUGCAGAGGCUGGUGAGGGCUAUUGUUGACGACGAGGAUUUCAGCACCCAAACAAUCGAUCAGGCCAAAGACACUCUCUCGGCUCUCAAGGAAUUGAAGUUCAAGAAGAGAUCGCUGUCUCUGAAGCUGAAUGAUGUUCUUUCUUGCCCUCCAGAGUUUCGAUGUCCACUUUCCAAGGAGUUGAUGAGAGACCCUGUGAUUGUUUCUACAGGCGAGCAACCAAACGGAGCUCUGAGGAUUUAAUUUGUGUGGUACGUAAAAGGAAGACAUAUGACAGACCAUUCAUCCAAAAAGGGCUAAAGGCGGGCAACAGGAUAUGCCCUCGAACCCAACAAGUACUCUCGCACACAAUCCUUACUCCCAAUCACUUGGUUCGUGAAAUGAUAUCGCAAUGGUGUAAGAAUAGAGGGAUUGAAUUGUCGGAUCCUGUUCUCCUUGUCAAUGAGGAUGGUAUAACAGAAUCGGAUCGAGACCAUUUUCUUUCUUUGCUCCAGAAGAUGUCUUCUGGAUUGCCUGAGCAGAAAGAAGCUGCAAAGGAGCUUCGGUUGUUGACAAAGAGGAUGCCUUCUUUCCGGGCACUUUUUGGCGAGUCUAUACAUGCCAUCCCUCAACUGCUCAGUCCACUAUCUGAGGGCAAGUUUGAAGAUGGUAUUCACCCGGAACUCCAAGAAGACGUGAUCACGACACUCUUGAAUCUUUCAAUCCAUGACAACAACAAGAAGCUUGUGGCAGAAAGUCCAAUGGUAAUUCCUUUACUAAUUGAAGCAUUGCAGUCAGGAACCAUUCAAACAAGGAGCAAUGCAGCAGCAGCCCUUUUCACUUUGUCAGCUCUGGAUUCCAACAAGGCACUUAUUGGGAAAUCCGGUGCCCUAAAACCCCUCAUCGCCCUCCUAGAUGAGGGGCAUCCAUUAGCUAUGAAAGAUGUUGCUUCUGCAAUUUUCAACCUAUGCAUCACCCAUGAGAACAAGGCAAGAGCUGUGAGAGACGGGGCAGUGAGGACAAUUCUCAAGAAGAUAAGUAACCGUAUGCACGUUGAUGAGUUGUUGGCCAUCCUUGCAAUGCUCUCAAGCCAUCCCAAGGCUGUGGAGGAAAUGGGAGAGCUUGGAGCCGUUCCUUGCUUGCUCCGUGUUAUCAGGGAGACCAAUUGCGGACGCAACAAGGAGAAUUGCAUUGCAGUCCUUCACACAAUCUGUUUAAACGAUCGAACCAAGUGGAAGGAAAUUCGGGAAGAAGAGAACACUUACGGAACAAUAUCUGAGCUUGCACAGAAUGGGACUUCAAGGUCUAAGAGGAAAGCUAGUGGCAUUCUUGAUAGACUGAACAGGACUGUAAAUCUCACACAUACUGCAUGAUGAGAUCUCCUUUGUGAGUAUAUUUUGUAAAUUCUUCACCUAUCAGUAUAGUACUCAGGCAUCAUGUGGUCAUCUCAAACCCUGUUUUGUAUGUUCUCUUUUUAUCUUCUAGAGUUUCAAUUUCAGGUUCAGAAGCUAGCCAUGAACUAAUAAAAAGCAAGCUAUGUAUCAUAUAUAUAUAUAUUUAUAUAUAAUUCUUUGUUUUC